GUGCUUAUGGUAAAUCAUAACAACAAUGAUGUUACUAAGAAAAAUACACACAAACAAGAAUUGUAGGACAAGAAAAUCCUAUUACUUCCAUUAAUCUGUCCAAUUAACGGCAACAAAAAACUUUCACACUUUAUCACAGUCGAAAAGACUCUCUUAAAACUAGCUAAGAACGAAGUUCAUGUACCUUUGCACAUUCAACAGUUAUGUGCUUUCUAUUUUUAGCACGAUGGAUCCAUUCCAAUAGGUUUCUCUCUAUUAUUGGCUUAACUGUCAAUUUCAGAAAGCAAAUGAAGCAGAGGUGCCUGUUCUUGAGCCCAAAUUUCGCUCACCUAAAUGGUGCAUGUGGAUUACAUGUGUUACUUUGAGCCACUAUAUAUACAUGCACCCCACAGUUAUGAAUAACAUCUCAUAUUAAGAAGUGCUUGUGAAAUUACCUUCUGCUUUUUCAAGAUCAGAAUUCAGAACAAGGAAAUCAAAAAAUGGACAACUCCCAGAACAUGAGCCAUCAAGCUGGUCAAGCUAUGGGACAAGCUAAGGAGAAGGCAAGUAACAUGAUGGACAGUGCAAGCAAUGCUGCUCAAUCUGCCAAAGAAUCAUGCCAAGGGGCUGGCCAACAGAUGCAGGAAAAGGCACAAGGUGCUGCUGAUGCUGCCAAAAACGCAGCUGGGGCUAACAAAUGAACAUAAUGGAGAUCUCUCCAAGUGGCUAUCUUUCUCUUCCAGAUUUUGGUUUUUCGAUUUUC